AUGGCUCCAAUAAAGACAGUCGCGGUCAUUGGUGCCGGUAUCAGUGGUGUCUCAUCAGCAGCUCACCUUCUACGCCACGGCUUUGAGGUCGUCGUCUUUGAGCGCUCCAGCGUUACUGGCGGUGUAUGGCACUUUGAUCCACGACCCGAUCGGGAUCCCCAGUACCCAGGCACAGAUUCUCUUGAAUCUGACACUAACGGCACACAAGAUGGCGCCGUCCACGCCAAGGAAAACGGCAAGUCGCAAGGCGAAGACGACAUCGCACUCUCGCAUGCGCCACCAGGGCCGUGCUAUGAGGGGCUCAUGAACAACGUCCCAACCUCAAUGAUGAAAACCACCUUGCUGAAAUGGCCAGAAGGGACGCCUGAUCAUGUUACCCAUCACGAGAUCGAGACAUACGUGCAGCGUCUAUCGCGAGACACCGGGGCUCAUGAUGUGACGCUGUACGAUACCCGCGUCGAGGAAGCCGUCAAGAAUGCAGAAACCGGGCAGUGGGAUGUGCGCACUAAGACACUCCAGAAAAAGGACGAUGGUACAUACUCCGCUCAAGACAAGGACUGGAAGUUCGACGCCGUUGUCGUCGCGGCAGGACACUACCACAUCCCGCUUAUUCCGGAAGUCCCGGGUUUGGCUGAGUGGAAGAGGAAAUAUCCCGACAGGGUGAGACAUUCCAAAAGCUACCGAUAUCCGCACCAUUACAAGGAUCAGAACGUCCUGCUCAUCGGGGCCGGCGUCUCAUCUCUUGACAUUGCCAAAGAACUCGACGGGCUGGCCAACAAGACCUAUCAGUCCUCGCGUGGCGGCAAGUUUGAUCUCGACAAGUCCUUGCUGCCACCAAACUCGGAGCGGGUAGCUGGGUUGAAAUCAUUCAAACUCGACGAGGGGAAGAGCCUCAACUCUGGGUCGGAGACACCUGGCGCGCCCAUCCCAGGCACAGUGCACCUGGCCGACGGACGUGUCCUGCAGGAUAUCCACCAUGUCAUAGUUGCCUCUGGCUAUCAAACAACUUACCCUUUCCUCACCGGCCUCGAGUCCGAGACCAUAACUGCCGACGACGCGGAUGAGAAUAUCAUCAUCACGGCAGACAAGUGUGUCACACACAAUCUUCAUAAAGACAUUUUUUACAUGCCAGAUCCCACCCUGACAUUUGUGGGCGUCCCGUACUAUACCUCCACAUUCUCCAUGUUCGAUUUCCAGGCCGAGGUGGUGGCACGUGUGUACGCAGGCCUCGCGACGCUGCCGUCACAGGAAGCCAUGCGGAGCGAGUACGGAGCUCGCAAGGCGAAGGGAGACAAAGGAAAAGCGUUCCACAGCUUGAUCCAAAACCAGGUCCCGUAUAUGAAUGAGAUCCUGGCCUGGGUCAACGAAGGCGUUGAGCAAAGGGGUAUUGAGAAGAUGAAGGGCGUCGAUGAAGACUGGUAUAGAGGAUAUGAGGAGUUCAAGGAGAAGUCAAGGCGUUUGAUACCUCUUGACUCUAAUCAGAUACAGCAGCCUAUUGCUAGCCUGAUGGUUCAUUCCUAUUGUACAUCACGGCUGACAAUUGAGGCUGUACAAAACCUGAUUGAGCUACCCUAA